UUUACAUUUACAGAAAACCAUCCUAAAACUGCAGAGAGUGGCGAAAUGGCGACUAGGAGCAAAAGAGAAGCAGAGGGUGUUGGUGAUGGUGAUGGUAAUAAGAUCGUGUGGAACGAAGCGCAGCAGAGGUUCGAGACGCAGGACAAGGAGGCGUUCGUAGAGUACGCCCUGAAAGAAAAAGGGAAGGUCAUGGUCAUGGAUUUGAUCCACACUUUCGUGCCCCCUUCCAAGAGAGGCCUUGGCUUGGCUUCCCACCUCUGCGUCGCCGCCUUUCAGCACGCCCAAUCUCACUCCCUAUCCAUCAUCCCCACCUGCUCCUAUGUCUCUGACACAUUUCUUCCCCGGAACCCGUCUUGGAAUUCUGUUGUGUACACAGAGGGCGGCAAAUCUAAUAUCUGAGCUCACCAAGCUCCUAUCUGUGCUUCUUCUGAGUAACCAUUUGAACGGUAAUACCUGGUCACAUAUUGUUAAUUGGCUCUGUUGCUAAAUAAUACAUGUACUUAGCCUCCAACAGUGUUUUCUUGUAAUAUAUAACUUCCCAUUUAUAAAAAAAAACUUAUGAUUGUUACUUGCCUUAGUGCAUUAUUACUUAUGGCAAAACGCAAAACAUACUGAACAUGGCCUGGAACCAAGUACAAUUUGUCUGUUGUGAUUGUGACUUACAAGUGCAAUCUUAUAUGCCAAAUAGCUACCCGUGGGAUGUCGAGUGUGAAAGUUUUUUGUUUUAUG